UAUGGCUUCGGACCAGACACAGUGGGAAUACAAUGAUUGAAUUUAAUAUAUGUAGGCUUCUAUAACCUAAUGCAUUUGGUUACAUUUAUUAGAUACAACUGAAAUAUACAUGUAAGAGACUAAUAAACAUCAACCAUCCAUGUCUCGGAGUGUUCCUUGGAGACGAGCCAUGAGCGAUGCUUGUAGUUGGCAUCAGUCUCAAGCCCUCGAGUCCACCUUGUACAUCCUAAGACAAACCGGGCCCACAGGCUUUCUGCUAAAGGAAGAGGAGGAGACCAAAAAUGUUAAAGUAUUUCUGGGAGAUCCCCAUACGUGUACGUGUCCUGUCUUCCAGAAGGAGAGAGACUUGUGCAAACAUAUCUGCUGGAUACUCCUCAAAAAAUUUCGCCUGUCUCUCAAUGAUCCAUUAUCAUGGCAGCUAGGGCUCGUUGAAAGAGAAAUUAAUGAGAUCCUGCGGGGCAAAGUGACAUCAGAGCAGCCGAGGUCAAGGCCAACAAAAGCCAUCAGCAAGGCUAGUGAAAUGUCUGAGGGGAGGGCUGUGGUUGACCAGAGGGAAAUAGCAGACGGCGAUGUCUGUCCCAUCUGUCAGGAUGAAAUGUUGGUCAAAAAGUUACCCGUCACCUACUGCAAAUUUGGGUGUGGCAACAGUAUACACAUCAAAUGUAUGCAGGUCUGGGCUGAACAUCAACUCAAGUCCUCUUCAGACGGGACCAUAAAAUGUCCUAUGUGCCGAGAGGACUUUGGACCAAUUGACCUUCUGAAGACCGAGAUGAAAAAUGCUGGCUGUACAAAGACAUCAGCACCUGGCAUCCGCAUGGAUCGACAUGUCGGCAUGACCUGUGCACAUUGUAACAUAGCUCCCAUCGAAGGCAAAUGUUACAGAUGCAGUGUCUGCCCCAACUACCUGAUGUGUCAGAAAUGUUUCAACCUCCCAGUCCACACAAACCACAGCUUCCACUUUAGACAUAAACGCAAUCAGAGAUGGCGCCCUGCUCCCAGAACCUUGGGGAGUAGCCUCCCUCCAGCGCUGGUCAAUGACCUGAUGCAUAGAGACCUCUCAGAGAACGACUAUGAUGUACUGCUGCAGCUCGAAAGAAACAGUGAGGGGAGAGAACUGAGCAACUUGACAGAGGAAGCUGUGCAGGCCAUCCCGCUGGAGAAGGUCAGGGAGGGGGGGCCUCUGCUGGCCCUAGGGUCACAGUGUCGUGUGUGUCUUAGAGGCUUCUCAGCAGGCCAGUUUGUCCGCAAACUUCCGUGUCAGCAUAAGCUAACCCCCACAUUGUGUCCCACACAGUUCCACAGAGAGUGCAUAGAUUCCUGGCUUCUCCACUCCCACCCCACCUGCCCUGUGGAUGGCCUACCUGCACUCUCAGCACCAAGUACAAGAAGUCAAGCCAGACAAUUUAUCCAAGAAGAAGCCCCAGUGACGUCAUCUGACCCCCAGGACAUGGGUCUGGCAGCAUAUGGCAUCGCUGUGUCAGCCCAGAGACCUGUCAGUGACAGAGUGACCACCAGACGGGUCACCACCAGGGAGCAGCACCAGCCGACAGGUGCCAGACUUGAUGCUGACGUCACUCACCUGGACAGCCAAGGUCAAAGAGUGACCUUGAUGCCGGAACUGCGGCCACACAAUGCUCUACAAGAAAAGAGAAAAGUGCCACUCAGAGGUCUGGGAAGGGGGUCAAGGUCACCAACGGAUCCGUUUUCAAGGUCACCAACCGAUCAGUUUCUGACGCCCAGAUCUUUGAUUCACAUCUUACAGACGUCAUCAGCUUUAUCCACGCCUGCACAUGACAUGACGUCAGACACUCGGAGGUUCUCGGCUGGCUCCCUUACAUCCACCGUCUCAGCAGAUUUAGGCAGAAGUGAUAGAGGUCAAGGUCGCCGUGCACCUUUGGGCAGACGACAACUCAGCUUAGAGCGUGUGGCGCCAUCUAUCCGUGACUUGCGCAGGGAGUACAUGGAUCUGUUUCUCGGCCACAACCCCCUGACCCACCCUCCUGUCAGUGAGACCCACCCUCCUGUCCGCGAGACCCACCCUCCUGUAUGCCAGGACCAGAUGAGAGCUGCCCUGCCACCCAGACCCCGGCUGUUCAAACCCUCCACACUCCGACGUCUUCCGCCCCUCGCUAGACAACCAGCCAAGUCAGCCAUCAGACUUGUGGGCAGCCGACUAGAGGACAGCCGACUAGAGUGCAGCCGACUAGAGGACAGCCGACUAGAGGACAGCCGACUAAAGGACAGCCGACUAGAGGACAGCCGACUAGAGGACAGCCGAUUGCAGGACAGCCGAUUGCAGCACCCGGGGUCACUAGUGGCGGACACCAGCAAACCACACAGUGAGCCCGUCACCGCCAAUGACUGUGAGAUUGAGACACACCACCAGGUUGACACCACUGUAUAAACCACCAGAUAAACACCACUGUACAACACCACUGCGUGACACCAUUGUGACACCACCAGACAGACACCACUAUGUGACACCACCAGACAAACACCACUAUGUGACACCACCAGACAAACACCACUUUAUGAUAGUCUCACCAUCCCAGGCCAUAAGCACUGCCUGUGUCACAAAAACUAGUGUGAAAUUAAAGAUGAGAAUUGUAUUGGAGUUGUAUUAGGUGAGAGUUUGAUUGGAGUUGUAUUAGGUGAGAGUUUGAUUGAAGUUGUAUUAGUUUAUUGUAAAAACAUAUCUUAAUAUUAUACAACUGCUUUAUAGCGUGUUUUGUUUGGUUCUAUUUAUGUGACGUCAGAUUGCAGAAAACCUCAAUGCGCCACCUGUUGGAGGCCAUGGUCGGCUGGUUGCGAAUACGAUUCUUAACACGAAGGUCUCGUUCGUAUCCCGAGUCUCUGAGUCCACGCAGCUCUAAUUGGUACCUGACUAACACGAUCUUUUCUUAUGCCCCGCUCAGAGAUACAGACCCCUUGGACCUCAGGUUGGAAAGGGAAAUUAUUGUUUCUCCUCUAAAGCCUGCGAUUAAGUCUUGAAUUGGAAGCUCUAGACCGCGGGUUCCCAAACUGGGUCGCGACCCCCAGGGGGACCGCGAAGGGCUUUUUGGGGGGUCGCCAACUGGUUGACUAAACCUUAGCAAUGAAAAACAAAACAUAAAUAUUUAGAAGA